AUGACCGCGUUAGCGCGUGAGGGGAAGCUGAAUGACACGAUUGGCAGAGAUGAGGAGAUACGUCGUGUUAUUCAGAUUCUGUGCCGUCGUACAAAGAACUCUGCGGUACUGAUAGGUGAACCUGGAGUAGGAAAGACCGCUGUUGCAGAAGGACUAGCUCACCGCAUCAAUUUACGUGAUGUCCCAGAGCAUUUGAAGGGUACCAUCUACAGCCUGGACUUGGGCGCACUAUUUGCAGGUGCAGGGAAGGGCGAAUACGAAGCGGCAAGCUUGUUUCCUCGAUCACUGCGCCUCUAUGGCUUACACGUCAUGCGAAGCCAGCAAAACGCAAGUCCGGUGAUACUCUUCAUAGAUGAGCUGCAUCUCAUCACGGUCGGCAAAUCUUCGGGUGGCCAGAGCUCGGGCAUGGAUGCUGCAAAUCUGUUGAAGCCCGCUCUUGCUCGAGGACAGUUCCGAUGCAUAGGCGCCACAACCCUCGCUGAGUAUCGUGAGCAUAUCGAAAAAGAUGGUGCACUGGAGCGCAGGUUCGCGACAGUCCUAGUCAACGAGCCUACUAUCGAGGAAGCAACUACCAUUCUACGUGGGACCCGUGAACGUUACGAAAGCCACCAUCGAGUAUGGAUCAUGGAUCAGGCUAUUGUCACCGCCGUCAAACUUGCACACAGGUACUUAACUGCAAGAAGGCUCCCAGACUCCGCCUUCGAUCUCAUGGACGAGGCGUGUGCUUCUGCAAGAGUCUCUCAGGAUAUGAAACCUGAGGCGAUCGACACCGUUGAGCAAGAACUGUUGCAAAUCGAAGGUCGCAUCAAGGCAAUUGAGCGUGACAACCAUCCCGAAGACGAUCGCGCUCUCGAGGAAGCAAAGAGUGUGCGCGGUAGCCUUGAGACUAGGAAGAAGCGCCUCGAAGAGCAGCAGAAACAGGUUCGGGAAUGGUGGGGAGAUAUUAGCGCACUCAGAGGCCUGAUUAAGGCCAAGAAGGACGACCUUGACAUCGCCAAAAGACUCACUGAGACGGAGAACCGUGGUCCGAAGGUUGCUGACAACGUGAAGGCGUUAAAUACCUAUGAACACCGUCGCUACACAGUUUCUAGGUCGUCGCCGGAUAUAAUAACUCCGGAAAGCAUUGCCGAAGUCGUCGAACGCGCUACCAAAAUUCCUGUGCAACGGUUGCUAGCCUCAGAUAAGACUCGACUUCUGGGUUUGGAAGAUGCACUUGCACAACAGGUUGUUGGCCAGCCGGAGGCGGUUAAAUCAGUCACUAAUGCUAUCCAAUUGUCUCGCACCGGUCUGAACAACGCAAAUAGGCCUAUUGCGUCAUUGCUUUUUACGGGUCCAUCCGGCACUGGGAAGACACUCCUAUCUAAGGCUCUGGCUCAGGAGCUGUUCGGACAAACUACUUCCAUGGUUCGCAUCGACGGCAGUGAAUAUUCUCAGAGUCAUUCCAUCUCCAGACUAAUUGGUUCUCCUCCUGGAUAUGUGGGCUACGACCAAGGCGGUCAACUGACAGAGUAUGUCAGAAGGACGCCUUACUGUAUCGUAUUACUUGACGAAAUCGAGAAGACUUGUCUAGAGUUCCUGACCUUGUUCCUUCAAGUGCUCGAUGAAGGUCGCCUCACUGAUGGACAUGGACGUCUAGUCGAUUUCAGGAAUUGCGUAAUCAUCAUGACUUCGAACGUAGGAGCGGAUCUUCUAAGUGCUGCAGAUAAUCCUAUAAAGGAAGCCGUUCGUCUCAAAGUGAUGGACCGCUUCAAAGAUGCUCGCUUCCCUGUCGAAUUUCUCAACCGUAUUGACGACGUUGUGAUGUUCUGUACAAUGUCACAGGCUGUCAUGAAGAGCAUUUUGAAGAAGAAUCUCCAAGACCUCAAGCAGCGAGAGGGGAUGAAGCGGCUGCACCUUGAUAUCGAUACCCAAGCCGAGAGCUGGUUGAUCUCCGUAGGAAUAUCUCCCCAGUACGGGGCCCGCCCGCUUGCGCGCGUCAUCCAGCGCGAGCUUCUCAACCCACUCUCGCAACGCCUGCUGGAGGGAACAGUCAAGGAAGGGGACGAAUCUAAUGUUCAAGCGCACUACAUCCUCUGGUCUAUCGACAUGUAUCAUGAUGAUGCUGGAAGGAAGGCCCACGGGUCCCGCACCCCUGUAAGUAACUUACUGCCGUCCGGAGAGUCGAGUCAUCCACCUCGCAUGACCCGAGACGCCAUAGCCAACAUGUUCUCAAUCCGCUUCGCGUUGUUCAAGCUUUCACCCCACCCGGCCUGGUGGAUUGCUUAA